AUGGCACCCACGGAUUAUACAGAUUUUGAUCCGAAUGGCAAGGACCGCAAGACAAUCGAACCAUGCGUAAUAACACGAACAAAGAUCUACACCGAUCUGUACGACGACGACCUAUGGUUUACCUUCAAAGAUGAUUUUGGAGACUGGACUACAGAUAACCUUUGCAAAGCGACCGUACCAGUCCUUGGAAAACUACGUGACGUACUGCGAACCAAUGGUAUAUAUGUACCAAAGGGUGGACACGCAGGAAGAGUAUUAGCGAACACACUGACUCUUCCAGAACCACACGAAUGGACUGAAAGUGAAGUUGUUGAACACAUACAGCUUAAAGGGACCUUCAAUUCCCCAUUUAUCCAGUUGAAGUUCGCUGCCACAAUCAAAAGAAUCAACGACGCCGCAAAUGUGACAAUACAAAAUAAUGCUCAAUUCGUGCAAGAAGAUACCCCCUCUCCACCGUCAACGAACCUACACGGCAUGGUAACAAGAAUGAGAGCAUCCGCAGGUGGCCUACAAGAUAUGAUACCACACGCUGAGACGGCACCACCGACACCGACACCACCGGCGCCGCAGGCACCACUAGUACAAGUAGCGACACCUACCCAAACGGCAACAUGGCAAGGAACGGGAUAUGUGCCAGCAAUCCGCGACCAAGAAAGAAUGUAUUCGCAGGUAGGACAAUUUGCACCGUUAUAUGUCAACAGCAUCGCACAACUUCGGAAGGUGUACACUACAGAUAGCACCAAGUACGGCGAUAAUGAAGACUCAUUCGACCUAGCUCAUAAUAUCUUCUUAGACCUCUGCCGCCAGAUGGGUCUACAUACCGCAGAAGCACGGAACCAGGCAUUUUCAGUUAUGCUCAAAGGACUCGCACUCGACUAUUACUACACGUGGAAAGAUCAAUGGGAGCGCAUGGGAAUCGACCCCGCUGUGGCAGUCAAAAACCACUUCGAAAACGACGAGCACCUACGAAAAGUGCAGACUGACUGGGAUGCGAUAAAUCUUUAUACGGUAAUUGUAAAGUACCCUGAAAAAUCAACUACCGAAUGCUUAGAGAUGAUGUUUCGAGAUAUCCAAAAGCUCUACCACAAAUUGCGACCAGAACUACGAAACGAGGUUAUUUGGCACGCAAAGCUCAUUUCUGCUACUCGAACACACCCAGCAUGUCAUGCAGCAACUGGAAAUCCCGCAUCUACGAUCCCUGGUCUCAUGCAGAGCCUUCGAGGAAGUGUCAGCCAAUUUGAAGACACUAAGCGAGCAGCGCAACAGCACUUCGCAGGCACAUACAAUACUGAUCCGUAUGACGUUCCACGAACGAACAUGACAGAACGUCGCUUCUUCAACAAUAAUCUACGAUACCAGCCUCAAAACCGCAGCCGCUUUACUCGGAAACCAUCUCGUCACUUCAGAGGUCCCAGAAACGACAAAAAGACAUGUUAUAUCUGCAAGAAACCAGGACACUUAUCAUAUAACCACUCGGACGAGGAGCGCGAGGCACACAAGCGUGAAUGGAAUAAAAACAGAUCUGGGAGUUAUCAACAAUUUAUGGCUGAAAUUGAGGGCUGGGAAUAUGACCCUGAAUCAAUUGAAGAACUAGCAUCAAGUGGCGCUUAUUUCGAGGAUGACAGCAGUGAUGACGAACCUCCAAGGACCAAGGAUUCAAUUACUUCCAAAGAUUCAGCCAAUAAGAAUGCACCACUCCAGACUACCUCAACCCAUUUUGCCAGCGCUUUCUUCACUACUGAUGAGAAGCCAAAGGGAGAAUUAGGAAAGUUAAUCACUACAGAGUUAGCAAAUCGAGCGACUAUGCACUGCGUCAAAGCCCUGGCAACAAAGGAAGCACAAGAUGGCGACAAUAUAGAGAAUGACGUUGAAGAAACGAUUGAUACAAGCACCUACGUUUCGGCAAGCCGAUACUCCGAAGAAACAUGGCAAGGUAUUCUCAUUGACACCGGCGCUGCAGACUUCUCUACAGCCGGAUACAGUCAAUUCCUCGCAUAUCAGAAAGCUGUCAAGGGAGCUGUAAUAGACACGUCAACCGCAAAUUCAGUAGGGAUCAAAUUUGGCUCAGGCGAUCCUCAGGAGACCUACGAAUCAUGUCUCCUGGAAUCACUUGAUGAGAAUCCCUGCUUCCUCACAGAAACAGAAUUACGGCGCCUACACCGUCGAUUCGGUCAUCCCUCAACUGACAGAUUCUACCGCGUUAUCGAGCGCGCAGGCCACGACGCUGACCGUGAAGCAAUUGAGCAUAUUCGCAAAUUCUGCCAUCAUUGUCAAAUCCACGGUAAAUCUCCCGGCCGUUUCCGCUUCACAUUGCAAGACGAUAUACAUUUUAACCAUUCAAUUAUUGUUGAUAUUAUGUAUAUUGAUGGUAAACCUAUUCUGCACCUCGAGAACCCGCUUCCGCUAGUGAUUUGCACGGAUUCGAAAAGCUUAUAUGACUGCCUCGUGAAGCUCGGUACGACGCAAGAAAAGCGGCUCAUGAUCGACCUCAUGUGCCUCCGCCAGUCAUACGAGCGUCAAGAGAUUACAGAAGUCAAAUGGAUAGAUGGCAAUAGCAACCCUGCCGACGCCAUGACAAAGAACAAAGCAUGCAACGCUUUGCAGAUCCUUGUUGAUACGAAUAAGCUACAUAUCACUGUCGACGGCUGGGUAGAAAGGUCUACCACGACACCGCAAAAUCGCGCGAUCAAAGCAAAUUCGGUGGCAUUCGCAAAUCCCCAAUAA